AUGGCAGUCAGGAAGAAGGAGGAGGCGCGGGUGCAGCAAAUGAGCGUGGCUGCCAUGCGUCAGCGCAUGGCGGAGCAGCACCACAAAUGUGUUAACGUCGUCACUCUGAGGUUGCAGGCGCGUUGGCGCGGCAAGGUGGUGAGACGUUGGUUCCUCCAACAGCAAGAGGAGCGCAAGCAGUUGGAAGAGCGGCAGCGACAGCAGGAGGAGGCGCGAAGCAAGCAGCUCAGCAUCGAGGCCACCCGUAAGAUGCUGAAGGACCGGGAGACGCAACGCUUGACGUUCCAUGCCGUGAAGCUGCAAGCUUGGUGGCGCGGCCGCAUGACACGUCAACGCUACCGAGCUGUGCAAGAGGAACGGCGACGCUUGCAGCGACAGCAGCGACGAUUGCAAGAGGUGUCUAUCACUUCGAAACGGCUGCAAGACGUGGAGCUUCAGCAAAGGACACGAGCGGCGCAGAAGAUUCAGGGCGCGUAUCGGUGUAGAAAAGCCAAGAAAGAACUUCGGCGAUUGAAGAUGAACAAAGCCAAGCAGGAGCACGACAAAUGGGACGCCUUGAAACUGAUGUUCCGCCGCGAACGCGAGUCCUUGGAGAAGUUGCGUGAGGACAAGGCUCGGAGGACUAAGGAGCAGUUGGACAAACAGGUGCAGCGCUACCGUCACAGAGUCCAGGGUGAUGCACAUCAUGGCCAUCGCCAGGCACUCGACGACCGGCGCCAUUCCGACCGUCGAAAGGGUGCCGACCGCGAGCGCGAGCGGGACCGGCGGCGCUCGGAUGCUGUGGAGUCGGAUACCUCCUCAGUCAUGCUGGCAGAAGCGGCUUCCAUGCUCUUGAGGACGCGGCACUUGGAGCAACCGCUCCGGCUGCGAGAUGCCGAAGGUGGAGAUCCUGCCACGGACUCGUUGCUCCGGGACGUGGCGGUGCGACUGCAGGAGAGCGCCGUGGUUAAGAUGCAAGCGCAGUUUCGUGGAGCCAUCUCUCGUCGUCGCGUGAACGACUUCAAAGCCAAGCUGGUGGAGCAGAAAGAAGCGGCUCUGAAGGAAAGAAAGUUGGUCGAAGAAGAACGAAGGGCCGCCAGACGUCGCGACUGGGACACCAAGGUCUCCGCCAUGCGGCGUCGCCUGGCGCACUUGGAGGAGCGGAAGCAGGGCGAUGCGGCGGUGACGCUUGGGGCACCCAGGGAUAGGUCAGCGUUUGAAGACCUCCGGCGAGUUAGUGGAGGAGAGGAGGAGAAGAAAGUUGGAGGAGGAGGCAGAGAAGAGAAGGAGGGACGAGGUUGGACGGCGAUUCAGAGAUAG